UGCGCACUUUUGUUUUGCAAAUUUUGGAAUUCGCUUAGGGGCCUCUGAGGUGAUUAUUUAUAGUGAAUUCAUGAAUCCCUAGUGCACAUAUCAUGCCCGCAGAGUGGCUUAAGGCGGUUGCUACGAAAGAGCAAGUCUUCACAUGACAGGUUUAUUUGCUCGUAUAGCUCGGCAACUUUACCAAUUUUUACCAUGACAAGUACGCUUCUUCAAAAGCUGUAUGCUACAGUAGCUUUAGAAAGGUAGGUAGGUAAAACAUUAUUUAACCACGCUAACCCGCCCUACAGCAGAAAGCUGAUUUUCAAGGGGGGCGUAGGUAUUCAUAUAAAAUUAAAACAUAUUUACAUCAGAGACACUACACUACAUAUAUACACUACGUACAUAUUUAAAUAAAAAUACAAUAUUGAUUAAAGGAAUAAAGAGAAUCCUUACGCCCGUAUUCUAAAAGCUCACUCACACUCAAUGAGUGCAGGUUCAAUCUGAGCUUCUCUUGAGUGUCAAUGCUGUUUGUUUUUGAAUAGCGGGAAGGUGAGUAGUCGCAUAGUAAGAUACGACGCUAACCCCCUCCAGCUAUUCCAAAACAGCACUGACACUCGAAAGAAGCUCAGAUUGAACCUCCACUCAUUGAGUGCAUGUGAGUGUGAGUGAGCUUUUAGAAUACGGGCGUUAGUCUUAACUCUUCUGAGUCCUGAGAGGCUAUUCCUAUUUUAAGAAAGUCAGAGAGAGGAUGAGGCAAAAAGAGCUUAGUGAAUUAGAAGCCUCGUAAAUUGUAAUAUUGGGAGGAAGGUGUCUGCAGAAAAGUAUUAGCUAACGCUUUUGCCGUAGUUUUGGCGCUAGUUUAUGCGUAAUUUCAUACAUUGAACUUGCUACGAACUUGGUCCUGCGUUCGCUCAUAGACAACGUGGCUUCGUUGUCUAAUUGUUAAUUAUUAUGAAAAAGGAGUCCUUAAUUACCAUGUAUUUACAAGGAUUAAAUUAUUAGAGACUAUAAAUACUUAAAUAUGUUUACAAUUAUCAAUUAAACCUUGAACCUAUAUCUAAAACUAUUAUUAUAACUAUUAUAGCGUAGACUAAUGGACUCUUCCUAAAACGUUCUGUCCGACAUUUAAAAUUAUAGUAUUUGUCAUCAUUAGAUCUAGUAUCUUUUUGUCUUAGUUCUCCAACCUUUGCUGGAAGCAGAUAUAACGGAGUCUAUGUCCCUCCGUCGACAUUUUCCUGAUAAGUUCCACACAAUGUUUUUCACGUCUUUCCUUUAAAGUAGACAUCCGCGUUAAUGGAAAGGAUAUUUCUUUGGAAAAGCAUUUUAUGAUUUUCUGAGGCGGGUCGAAAGGGCCAGUUGAUUUCUUAAUAUUUAUUUGAUUGAGUGUUUUUUUCCACUGCUGUCUUGAAUGCAAGGGGACAUAAUAAUAAACGAAAAAUGUACCGCAAGCAUGGCAUGACCUGGCUAUUACGUACAUAAAUACGAGCUUGUUACUAUAAUAUUUAAAUGAUGGCAUUUUGGCUUAAUCGUUGCACCCUGAGCCUGCGAUGCGCUAACGCAAACUGGAUUUCUCGACGACGAAGAAAACAGAAGAAAACAGAAAAUUAGGGAUUUAAGACACUUGACCUUUCAGGUCAGUGUAAUUAGAAAAAUUAUCCUAGAAAUGAAAUCCACCUAUUCGAUAUAUCGUUUGGCAAUUAAAUAAUCUACUGCUUCAGUCUUUGGUGCGUAUGUUGAUAAAGUAGCCAUCUUGCAUUGAUAUCUCUGAUCUUCUGCUAGAUUCUCAUCACAAGGCACAUGCCGAUGAAAUACAUGAACAAUUCCUUGAUCAGGAGCUCGGAAUAUAGUUAAUCCAUGUUCUACAACCCUGCUUGCAAAAUCCGUAUCUUCCUUGCCCCAGCCUUUGAUAUUAGUGUUCAGGCCUCCCACGGCCAUGACGUCACUUUCGUAUAUACACACAGGCCCAUAACCGUAAAUGCGCCAACGCCCAGCAGGUUUUGUGUAAACAAAAUUCGUCUCUGUUGUCCUCUUCUUGUUGAAGUAAACAACAUCAGGGUUAUACUGGCCAAACAAUAGUGGCAUGUACACUUGUUUACCUCGUAUAGUGUUGCCACGGCAGCGGUAAACAAAUUCCCUUCGGAAAACUAAAUCAAUAUCGGAGAAAAAAAGUAGCGAAUCGUUCCCGAGGUGCUUUGCGCCCUUUUGCAAAGCUUUGGCACGGUUAAACUCCCCGGGGAUUUGUAACCAUACGAACUUCGUCUCCGGGAACUCGACCUUUAAUUCGUUGAUAUGCUGAAUGUGUUUCUCCGGCGAGGAGGAUUCUGGGAAGUAUACUACAAGCACUGCGAUUGGUUCGCUAUGUAUAAGGAAGGCUUCUUUUACACUUGCUAAAAAUCUUCUUAAUUCUUCGUAUUUUUCUUGUAGAGGUACAAUAAAAUGCACAGUUAUUCUCUUCAUAUCUGCUUGAAUUCUUCCUUGAAUUGUCGAAAAAGCUUGGUCCACAUGUGCCCAGUGGUACGCGGGUUUUGGAGGGUGCCAGGGGUACUUAAGUUGUCCGUGAGGAUACUUUAUGGAUAGACACAGUUGAUACUGUGCACCGUAUUUCGGGUUUACCCUCAAAUACCCAUAAUUUAUAUUUUCAAGCGUUAUCUUUGAUUUAGUUUUUCGGUUUAAUGUUUUUCUAUGCUCUUCGUUCAAUUCGUGCAUUGUUAUUGCUAAAGCCUUUUUCAUACCGUCUGCAUUUUUGAACAUUAAAUAUGAUUUGUGAUUUUUCAAAUCGAAAUGUUGAAUGGUCUUCGAAUGUUUUUGUUGUGUUAAAUAUUCCCAUUCUAGCUUAGAGCUGCCGUUUGCUCGCAAGUAAAAGUCUGUCUUUCUUGACCUGUUCGCGAAGGACAUUGGAUUUAUUUCACCAGAUAAUAUUCUUUUGGUUGUUGAGAGCAUUCCAUUAGUUUUAUAUCCGCGGAAGUGAAGUUUGAAGAGAUUUAUGGACAUGAAAUGGUAGUGUAGUCGAAACAUAUAAGCUGGGUCUUUCACAGGGUGCAAUGUUAAUGCCUUAUCAAUUUUCGCUUCAUCUAAAACACCGUGAUAAGCUUUCUCCUGUUCUUUGUACACUUGUUGGAAAAGUUCUUUCGCCUUCAAGAAAAGAUGACGAGAUUAAGUCAAAUAAAUUAUAAUCUCACCUUGCCGAUCUGCAAACAAGUUGUAACAAAGUUGUUGUGAAGCUGAUAUCAGGAUGUGUUCGCACUGCUUGUUCCCAGUUGUUGUGACAAGUCUGGAACAAGUUGUUAUCAUCUUGUUACAAUAUUGAUGACGGUAACAGACUUGUUACAAGUUGUCCCAACAAGACCAAUACAGGCUGUUCGUAACAAGUUGCUACGAGCUUGUUGUCAUCAACUUGUUAACAAUUUGUCACGCGCAGAUGAUAUCAGACUUGUUGGAACGACUUGUUCCAUGUCUGUUGAUCUCAUCAACCUUGUUACGAUGAUAGCAUUUUUUUCCAGACUUGUCAUGCAACAAUUGGUGAAACAAGUUAACUUUAAUAUGCCGCAACAAUCAGUGCAUUUUUAUACGUUUACAGUGGAGGGCAAAAACCUAGAUUAGAGCCCAGUGUGGACUCCCCAGAGUGAGAUUUUGGUCAGUCAGGGUCAUAGAUAUCUUAUAUUCACUAGAUGGUGCAUCUAAUUAUCCUGCAAUUCAAAAAUUGAAGCCGUGAUUGCAGACUCAGGAUAUUCCCAUGAAAUGAGAAGAUUCGUAUGUUUUCUAUUUCUUAAACCCCUGUUUAAGCAUUAAGUUAAACCUAUUCCAAAUACAUUUUUAAACUAUUCAAAUGAUGAAAGUUAUUGUUGUUUUUUAAGCGUUUAUUAGCAAGUGGAACUACCAACAUGGCCGCCAUCUAUUCAAAUGGGGGUAACCGCUGGAAUAUUCUUGGCUUCAUAUCAAUUUUACUAAAAGAGAUGCGCUAUCUAGUGUAUAUAAGAUAUCUAUGGUCAGGGGUAAGGUUUGGGCCCAGUCUGAGCCACUAACUAGUGGGGCCAAUUGCCUGGCCUCCCAGUAUGUAUGUUAAAAUCCUUGGCAAAAACUGCUGUCGCCUUACACCUGUAUUCUAAAAGCUCAAUCACACUCAAAGAGUGGAAGUUCAAUCUGAGCUUCUCUUCAGUGUCAAUGCUGUUUUUUAAUAGCUGGAGGGUGAGAGCUAUUGAAAAACAGCAAUGACACUCGAGAGAAGCUCAGAUUGAACAUCCACUCAUUGAGUGUGAGUGAGCUUUUAGAAUACGGGCGUUGGUGUCCUCUUGAGCAAUGAAGGAGAACUGACUCCGGAAUAGUAGGAUUGCUUAAUAUGGCCUUAUAGAGAUUCUGAUUAACCAAUCAGAUGCGUUUAAUCUACCCGAUUAACCAAUCAAAUGAUUAUUAAGUCAGUUAGUGGAAGUCAAGUCCAGCUGGAAACAAUGCACUCAAAGUUACUCCUCAUGCGACUCCUCAUGCGCUGCUGAGGACAUCAGGCAAUCAUUCCCUGCUCAGGCGCAGGCUUACCCACCUCUUCAGCCCACAAGCACGAUACACCCGCGUAUUUUCGAAUACACCGUCCCAAUUCGACGUCCUCGUGAUCUGACGCGGUCUCCUCCAAACAUCUCUCCAUGUUCGGAGCAAUUUUCUUCAACACAUUUCUACUCAUAAUAACCCCAGGUCCACCGAUACAAUAACAUUCAUUUUUCUUCAAACCCAAUCUAUUGACCUCGUCGCUUUUACCUGUACCCCCCUGUCCAACCACUACAUCCUCGGUACUAUCCAAGCUCCGUAAAAAUUCUUUAAGCUUGUGUGUCCUUAUAUAAACGUCGUCGUCUGCUCGCAUAAACCAUUCGUAAUGGUCGAUGUAGUUUUCAUACAUAUAUCUCAGCAUUGCCAUGACUUUUUUCUGAGGUGGAUAUUCGUUGUCUUCGACUCCGUGUAAAAUUCGGAUUGGCAUUUGUUUACGUUUGUCGUCGAACGACUUUGACUUGUCAAAACUCACAAAGAAUUCCAUAUGUCCUGGGAUAUCGCUAGCCCAAGUUCGAUUCACAGCCGUAGCUCUCGUGUCUAAGUAUUUUGCAGCGGUCAUAACUCCAAUAAAGAGAAGUUUGUUGCCGUAUAAUUUGUUUGUCUCCACAUUUGUCGCUCGUGUUUCAGUACCAACAAACUGUUCUCCGCAUACUUUAUUGCGGUUUAAAAAUCUAGGCAAAUAGUGGGGGCCAAAUAGCGACAAAAUAAAGCCCAAAACUGAACCGAACACCAUACUUAGAAAAACCUGUGAAUACAUUUUUUAAAAUAGGCGAACCCAAGAAAAUCCAGCACCAUUUGUUUGUGAUACAGGGUGUCCCAAAAAAGUCCAAAACUAUUGAAUAACGUAUUCUUGGAAUUUGAAUGCGCCACUAAGCUGAACGCAAAGAUGCAUAAAAUAUUGACAGGGUGCAUAUAUUGACUAUUGUAAAUAUUGACUUAUUAAGAAAUUAAAAUAUCUUUGUAACUAAAGCGCACGAUUUUCCGCUCUUGGGCUUGGGAAUUUAAAGCAGUUUUUUUAUGCAUAAAAUAUAUUUAUGUCAAGCUUUUAUGCAUAUGUGGGUUCAACAGAAUGCUGAGGCAUUCAAAUUCAAACAAUAUGUCAUUUCAAUAGUUGAAAAAUGAUUGCGCACUUUUGUUUUGCAAAUUUUGGAAUUCGCGGCUUAGAGGCCUCUGUCUCUGAGGUGAUUAUUUAUAGUGAAUUUAUUAAUCCCUAGUGCACAUAUCAUGCCCGCAGUGUGGCUUAAGCCGGCUACAACAAGUCCAUUGUCGUAGAAAAAAUAGAUGAUCCGCUAUUGACUAAAUUUUGAUCUGGGUAAGAAGGACAAAAUCCAUCACCACACGGCUAGAAAGAGCAUGUUAAAAGUAGUAAAAUUGCAAAGUUCGGACGCGAAAUGUUGUAAAAUGCGGAAAAUAUACCCCUGCGAAAUUUGCAAAUUUAUGCACCACUUUCGGCCCAAAUGUGGUGCAUUUCCCCGCGCGUAAUACAAAUUACUACAAAAUUUCCAAAUUUCGUAGGGCUAUAUUUGGGCAACCAAACUUUGCAAUUUUACUAAUUUUAACAUGCUCUUUCUAGCUGUGCUGAUGGAUUUUGUUCUUCUUGCCUAGAUCAACAUUUAGUCUAUAGCUGCAAUCUAUAAUAACGGCUUAUUGACCGAGCGUGAGGUCUGUACUGUGAAAUAUCAGACCGAGGUUUUUUAGUAUGGACCGAGCGACGAAGCAGCGAGGCCCAUGCAAAAAACAGAGGUCUGAUAUUUCACAGUACAGACCGAACAAGCGAGGUCAAUAAUCGGUUUAUUAUAUGGCUGAACUGAGUCUGUGGGCAUAUGCUUUUCGCGCGAAUUAAUUAAAUCGGCUAUCGUCAGUUUCACUGGGUAACAAUAUACAGUAGGCAUGCAUGCUCAAUCGAAAACAAUUUGGUUGUUUGAAAUUUUUAUCUGUAGAGCACAAUUGGAAAUUUAAAAAGCAAAAAAAAAUUUCUGUUUGCAAAGCAAAAAUUUCCCACCACAUAAACGACAUCCGGGACACCGGUCCAGAUACGGAAAAUACGGACCACGGUCCGGAUAUGGGUUUUUACGGACCGCUUGUCAACCAAUCAGAAUAGAGAAUUUUGAAAAGCCAUAUAAUAAUAAUAGUUAUCGUGGCGCUCAGACAACCAAAAACUUGUCCUAGAAGUUUUGUUGUACGUACAUACGUGAAAUUGACAAAGAACAGAGGCUGCCGAAGCACCUCGAAAGUGAGGAGGGGGGGGGGGGCAAUGACCAGAAAGGACACUUGAGUCAGCAAACAUUCUAAAUAUGUUAGGCCUGGUUUAUACAGCGUGCUAUGAGCGAACCGAACCAAUUUUUAAAUUAGCACGGCCAGGCACGCUAUUAGCACGCAUUCUGAUUUACUGAUACGUAACGUAUUUGAGCGAGCCAAUUUUUAAAGUUGAGAACUUGAGAUAAAGAGUCUGGGCGUAUAAGAAGCAUAACAUUAAUACAAUAUGGCGCCGUCUCAUAUUGUUGCAAUAUGGUUCGCUGAUGGCACUGUUGUUUAAAUCAAAGGCAUGCUUAACCGUGCUACGAGCGUUCGGCACGCCUUCGACGAGCGAGCCGCACGGUCAGGAGCGAACCUAAUUCAGAAAGUGAACCAAUUUGAUUUAGACAGCGUGCUAUGAACGAACUUAUUAGUUAAGUAAUUGGUUCGGUGCGCUCAUAGCACGUUGUAUAAACCAGGCCUUAGAUGUGUCCUUAGACGCAAUAUACAGCCUCGGAUGUUAUACGUAUUCUCUAAUAGCUCUGCGUCCUAAACUGGACAUGAACAACACAUUAACCACAAAUUUAAAGAGAAUUGCCAAAAAAUCUUAAGUCCAGUUCAUCAGUUCUGUCCUUGUUUAUGUGCGUAACAAUAAGACAGGGCAUUUGUAGACUUCCUAGCUUAAGGGAGCAUUUAUAAUCCCUCUUUAGUUGCUGGAAAAAAGGGCACAUUUUCUCCUUGCACAAAAAGUGUGUGUGUGUGUGUGGGGGGGGACCGUCCCCAGUGCUCCCCCGGUUUCGCGGCCUCUGACAAAGAAAAGUUGCCAUAUCAAAACUUGCUCGUCUGUAAUUAAUUAAGGUAUAUGAGACCACUCAUCGCCGAUUCAUCGCCAGUGCUACAUGCAGUCACCAGGCUGUUCCUCAUUCCUCUGCAGAGCUAGCUUUUUAAUUGCAGGAUAAAUUUCGAAAGAAUUUCGUAAUUACGCUAAAGGAUGAUAAAAAGUGAAAGUCAUCUUUGUUAUCUUCUAGCACAAUUACGAAAUUCUUUCGAAAUGAAUCUUUCAAAGACUCUGCGGAGGAAGAUAGAGGCCGUUCGAUAGUGAACCGACUGAACGGUUUAAAUUCCCGAUGCACCGGCGACAUUCCAUAUUGAAUAAAUGGCGGGGGAAUGUGAAAAAAUACGGACAAAAAAAUCGCUCAUUGAAAUGGAAGAAAAGGUUUAUCUACAAUUUAAUUUUAUCUAAAACUUUAUUGAAAUACGGAAUUCAAAGUAUGUGCUCUUCCAUGACUAUGGAGGCGUAUGGAAUAAGUACAUACAAAUUACAAAGUAUUUAAUGUUUCAAAAAUUAACUAUAAUAAUAUUAAUACUAUAUGAUGAUUGGCUUAAAUUAAAAUGUUUUUGAAAGUUGCAACCUAUUGGAUAAGGUGGACUUCAAUGAUCUGGUUUCUUGCACUUCACUUGGUGGUAUUAAUAUUUGAAUGCUGUUCUUAGGGUUUUUAAUCCAAGUGAGUAUAUACAUACAUUUUAAGACCUGACCAGGAACGACUGCGAAAAAUGCAGCAGAAGGUCCUCUGGUAGGAAUUGAACCUAUGGCCCUGCGAUUCCGGUGCAGCGCUCUAACCAACUGAGCUACAGAGGCCAGCUGUUGAGCUGUAAGCGCUGUAGCUCAGUUGGUUAGAGCGCUGCACCGGAAUCGCAGGGCCGUAGGUUCAAUUCCUACCGGAGGACCUUGUGCUGCAUUUUUCGCAGUCGUUCCUAGUCAGGUCUUAAAAUGUAUGUAUAUACUCACUUGGAUUAAAAACCCUAAGAACAGCAUUCAACCUAUUGGAUAGCCUGCGUGGCAGGCCCUCAAUUUUAUGGGGGGGGGGAUGAUUUGCAGCGGGCAGGAAUCCUCCCCCGUGCCCGCCAAUAUCCUGCCCGCUGCAAAUCAGGCCCCCCAUAAAAUUGAGGGCCUGCCACGCAGGCUACCUGUUGGAGCAAUUAAUGAUGAGGCUAUUCCACAGCCCAGGACAGACCCUCUAUCGAGUAUAGGUAAAGCUUUUCUUGAGUGACUCAGUCAAAAGGUCUUGCAUGGGGGGACAAAUAAUUUGGAAUCAGAGUCGCGCAAGUUAUAGCUGUGCAUCCAUCCUCGGUCCCAGGGCCUCACGGCCUUCGGCAACGCAGUGUCAGCCGUGAGGCCCUGGGACCGAGGAUGCUAUAUGCAUCGUAUUAGCUGGAGUAAAUCGGUUUGAAAGAUAGUCAGGGCCGGGGACCUGUCGGGUACCAUUUUAUCGUUUUGUACAUUAAAACUUUGAAUUGCUGAGAACGUCUAUGCUCUAGAUUUCUCGCACAAACUCUAGCAGUGCCCAUUUCGAUCGUAAAAUUGGUAAUGCUAAACAUGUAAGGAAACCAGUACUAUGUCGUCCGAGGCAUAACCCCUCCCCCCACAUCCCCAAGCCAGGGCUAAAACGGCACCUAAAUUCCAUUUCAAAAAUAGGCUACCUCCGUGCGCGCGUCUAAAAAUGGCCAAAUAGGCUAGCUCUCGUCAUCUUGGUUUCACGUCAAAACAUGUUUAUUUUAUCACGUAGGUGUAUGUCAACAUAUUGAAAGAUUUCGUAAAUACCUACAUUAAUAAUCUCUUAUCCAAUUACUAGAGUUAUGGAAUUCCUGCGGUACACAGCAUAACGAUGUGUGGAGGCACGGUUAAUAGGCGGAUUUUAUAGAUUUACGUGUGAAAAUAUAGACUCCUUAACCUCUUUCAAAGACUCAGUUUUCAUUCAGAAAUAUACGUCGAUAUAAUCUUUGAUUCAUGCUGAUACAAGUAUUUUAGUUAUGGAAUUCUUGUGGUACACAGCAUACGAUUUUAUAGAUUUAUGUGUGAAAAUAUAGACUCCUUAACCCCUUUCAAACCCGCUCAGUUUUCAUUUUGAAAUAUACAUCGAUAAUCUCUGAUUCAUGCUGAAACAAUUACUUCAAUUACGGCAUUCCCUGGAGUACACAAAAACAAUCUGCGUAGGUGAAAUUUAAUUGUAAUUGUAGAUUUAUGUAUGGAAAUGAGGCUCAUUAUUAAAUCUUAAAAAAAUCCCUAUUUUUAUUCAAAAAUAUAUAGAUCGAUAUUCAUUCAAUACAUAUUUCCCUUCUCUCGUUCCAAAUGCGGAUAUUUUACUAUUCAAGUUUUAACAUUUCUCAUGCUUCUUUGCAAGACAAAAAACAAACAGCAUGUUUAUUGCUAUAAAGUUUAAACAACUAUUCAAAGUAUCGCUAAUAAAUUACUGGAUAUUAGAAGAUUAUAUAUAGAUGGCGUACCUACUCCGAGCCUGAAUCGAUGAGCAAACUGAGUAAAUGUUAAAAACCAUUAAACACUCACUCAGUUUCCUCAAAGAUUUCUGACAAAUCCUUUAAAACUUCGAAUUUGCCUAUGCAAAAUUCCUACUGUGAUCACAGAAAAUUUGAUAGUGUAAACUAGUAUAUAUACUGCAGUACUGUGUACUCUGAAUAAAGUUUUAGCAGUUUGAAUCGAAUUGAAUUCUAACAAUAAUCGUAAAUGCUUGCAGGUUUGCAGAGUGCCAAGGCCAUAACCAACGCUUCCUCAAUCCGCGCGCUUGAGUGGCCACAAUCAAUUUCCGGUGCGUCUGGAGUACUGAUAAUAGAAAGACAAUUAAAUCUUGGAUGAAUCGAGUGACGCGGCGAUAACAAUCACGCGGAAAGCAUUAAAAAAUAGCAAUAACGUAAAUAUGUUUGUCUGUGUGCGAUCGACAUAUAAAGCAUAUUACCGCCUGUGCUGUCGCCAUUCUGUGUCGCGUCAGCAGUGAAAGUGGGUGUCUGAAUUCAAGAAAAAUUGAAGGGAGUCUGAAGACGAAGUCCAACUCAGGUGUGUAUUUUUUCCCAUCACAGUGUUAAUUUCAAUAGUUUAUUUAAGACGAUUGUGGUAUUUUGACCAUGUGCACCAAAAAUGUGCAUGCGAAGGGUAGCCCUUGUCGAUGAUAACUUUUUGACCUCGUUCGCACUAAAUCGCAUAUGGUUGAAGAUCUUACUUGCAUUACAAUCGGAUACAAUAAGUACAUGCAAUUUGCACCGACUAGAAUUGCUAUCAUAAAAUAAAGCUAGGUGAAUGGUUCGGUGUACUAUAUGUCUAAGAGUUCGUUCGUUCCAAUGGGCAGGUGGCCAUGAGUCAAUGACCUAUAUUAACUUUCAUAUAUGCGUGUAGCUGCAUGGGUGUUGAUGAUUGUACCUCUGCUUCUCGACCAUUUGCACCAAUUAACUUGGCAAAUAUAUUUGCAUUCCUAUAUCAUUUCAGUGGUUUAUAUAAAUGUGCGAUAUUUUUCAUUUCGGUCUCUAAUUAGAAGGUUUUGACGAGUUUCAUACAUUCUAGAUCUUUCCCAGCAACAAGUUGACGCAUUUUGCUAUAUCUUAAUGCAAUACUGAGUAUUGAUAUUUGAAAUAACUAUAUGAUUUCUUUCUUAAUGCUUAUUUCGAUAGCUUAUGUAAGACGCUUUGAUAGUAAUUUUUAUCAUGUCAUUCACAUCAGUAGGGGAUGUGGGUAGUAGGCCUUGACCUCACUCUACAAGAUUUUAAUCUGGUAUUAAGUAUAUUUACCUUGGGCUUAACUAGAAUUCCUAUCGUAGAUAGGAUUAUUUUCAACUGGUUUGAUAUUUCUGGGCUCCACAGGUGACCUCAUUGCUAGAUAAGUUAUAUAAGUCUCGUAGACUCGUACAAUCCUUCUGAUAUCAUGUAUGGUAUGCAUGCCUGACUUCACUUCCAGCCACAGCACUCCCGCCUGCCAAAUUCUUCUCAUAGUGCGAUUUCAAUAGUUCAAGAUUGUUUGCUAUUUUUAGUAUGAGCUUGAUAAUGUGGGAGGUAUAUGCACAGCGAUGAUAACCUCGUAUGGUUGAACAUUUUUCCUAUACUCCAACAUAAAAACUUCAACCCUAAUUCUCGAAUACUUGCAUUUGCAGUAAUUAGGAUUUAUUCUUUAAGCUGAGCCUGAGAUGGUGUGAAUCUCAGGUGGUUUUAUAUUCUUAAUAUGGACUCGAUAAUUAUCAUAGCUAAGAGAUAAUAUUCUUAGAGUUAGAGCAUGGUUGACGAUUUCUAAUAUUUUAAUGACUUUCAUUUUCACGAACGUAUUAGAUUUUCUAUCAUAGCGCAACUUUUAAAAGCUGUUUCGAGAUGAUUUUGGUAUUUUUAUAAUGUUUUGUGCGUGCAUCGGUGCAUGGUUUAGUAUAGACCUUGACUGACUAAAGCUUAUUGGCCGUCUAGCCUGGCUGAUUCUGGUUAAUCCCAUUAAUGACUUGACCUGUAAUCUUUCAAGGAAUUCAAGCUGAUAUUUUUACACGAUGUUCACACGUACCAUUCCUGCAAUAACGAUGUAGUUUCACGUUUCCCUUUUUAACAUGAGGAAUUUUCGGAAUCUGGUACUAUUAAGUACUGGCAUUUUUGCCAACUAGAUUUUCUAUCAUAGUACUACUUUAAAUGGUUUGAGUUUAAUCUUGGUAUUUUAUAAUGUCAAGGAGAGGAACGUACUAACGUAGGUAGUGUAGCGCUGUAGGUUUUGACCUUGUAUUGAACGAUAAGAGAUCAUGCAUUCUGCCAUGAUAACUCGAUUGAUGCUUGAUAGUAAUGGUAUCACCUGCAACGCAUGCAUUCAACUACAAUUUUUUGGAAAAUCGUAUUAUAAUUGCAUUACAGUUUAUUGGUGUGGUAUUUUUACCAUCCAUCGUGCAUGGUUGAUGAUUUUCCUUGCAAUCUAAUCUAAUACCAAGUAUUCGUUUUGGUAUUUUUAGAAUGCUUGUGUGUAGGUAGGUCUUGACUUUGUAAAGAUAAGAAUCAGUCUAACAUAUAGUUGAUGACUUUACCUGCACUUCAUUCAAUCUGAUAUUAUAAGUACUCGCGCGUUGGUAUUAAAGCACGGAUUAGUUUCAUAUUUCCUUUUGAAAUAAGGCGUGCCAGCGAAAACCGUUUGGGGACUACUACUUUGCCCAACGAAGACGGAAAUUGCCCGACUUUCGAUAUCUUACAAUUUCCAGCACACACGACACUUGUCUAGAACAGCACACUUAUACUUAAGUUAUGGCCUAUUUGUUGCAUGUAUUUACACAGGCACUUAUGCCUGUAUUACACAGGUACUCACGCCAUCGUCGGAGCAAGCGCUUUUCACGCCUGAGAUCCUGGGAUCGAUUCUCACUGCGAAGUUCAUAGUGUACACUUAUGUGAAAAGAGUCAGCCAACGCUCAACCGAAAGUCGUGGAAUUUUUUCCGGGAACUCCGGUUUCCUCCCACAGGGAAUGUCGGUAGCGUGGGUUGGGAUUAGCCACUAACCGCCCCCCACCCCUGCCCACCCACCGCUGUGUCAGUGAUCGGACAUGAGUAAUUAGAAAACCGUCGAGUCGAGCUGCGCCAGUUCGCAAAUCAGUUAGCUGUCAGUAUGAGUGAUUAGCACCCCACACACUUGCUUGCUUGUUUGGCGUUCCCAAACAGCUAUCAUUUACAACUUUUAGACAAGACAAGAUAUAUAUAUUUCAGUACCAGUCUGUACCACUCUAUACAUAAACAAGAAUAAUACAUAUAUAAUAAUGAUACUUUUGGUGUUUGUUGGUGUUAUGUACUCAGGUGAAUAUGAGGUUUGUGAUGUUACUCUGAGUGUGCAUCCACACCGGGCAAGCUGAGAAGUUUGCCUGACCACGGUGGGAAUCGAACCGGGUUGCUAGCCAAUGCACUAGUAUCCCAAAUGUCGCGGGUUCGAUUCCCACCAUGGUCAGGCAAACUUUUCAGCUAGCCCGGUGUGGAUGCACACUCAGAAUAACAUCACAAACAACAUAAUAAUGAUAUUUACAGAAAAGUAGGUACUUGCUAACUGUGAUAACCAAAUGAAGACUAAACUAAUAUUUGACUAAACUAGGCUUGAUAGAUUAUAAGACAUAGAAUACUAGUUCUACGAGAGAAUUUUACUUAAUAUAACUUAAACAUACUUAAUUGUGAAUGAAACAUGUCCAGUUCAGUAAAAAUGACAUGAACUAUCAACAUGGACUGCCUAACAAAAUUGUCCGAUUUUCUUGCAUAUCAUUUCUGCCUAAAUUGGGGGAGGGGGUACCCUUGGCCUUGUUUUGCGCCUUUCCCCCACUAACUAUAGGAUUUCUUUCUUUCUUGCAAUAUUUGUUUUAAAAUGAUUUUGCAUUUGUAAGGGCUCUUUGUCACCAUAACGUGAUCUUUGAAUGAAGCAUGUAAUUGGGGUGACGUCUUUCAUGCUAACUUGAAUGGGUCCUUUGAUCCUUUGAAAAUAUAAUUAAUGACUUUUCAAUUCUUCCCUAUCAUGUCUUUGACCAGAAUUAAAGGACUAUUAUAGUAUUAAUUACAAUAAAUUUUAUUGAUUGAAGAUAAAUUAUGAAUAUUUUACUGUGUUUGUGGGUUAGAUUACAUUGGACUAUAUAUUGAUGCAUGUAAGUUGCACAGUUCGUUCUGAUAUAAUUGAUUAACUUUUCAGUUCCAGCAAUGUGUUUUUCUGACAUUUUAUAGCGCUAUGAACGAGUGUUAGGCACGUGAUUAGCUUUGUUAGAUAAACUUAUUGGGAUUUAUUGGUCGUUUGCAUUGUCAUUGAUUGAAAUUUUAAAGCCUGGUUGGCGGGCUGGUUUCCAUAUGGUCGUAACGGUCGUAAAGAUUGAGUCGCGAUCUUUCUCAUCAGCCGAAAUACAACAUUUUAGAACUGAAAAUACGCGGAGCGAUCAUAACUAGAGAAUACUUAUGAUUCAUAUGUGGUUUACAGGUAUAAACUAUUAUAAACUGGUCGUUGAGAAAGAUUGUGACUCUUUUUUUGCGACCAUUACGCCAUAUGGAAACCAGGCUUACUAUAUAGUGAUUUUAAUAUCACUGUCAAUGUGUUAGCACAGGGGAAAUGUUUGAAUACUAGCUAGUAUUCACAUUGGCAAAGUGAUAUCCAUUUGACUAUUUAGCAAUUUCGGGAGGGUCAAUGCUGAUGAAUUAAAGAAGACGACCUCCUCAGAAAAUUAGUGCUAUAUUUAUUAACGAAUUUGUAAAUUGAUGGAAGGGUUGUGUGGGUGGAAUUGCGAAUGUGAAUUUUAUAUAUUAAACAGAGGAGGCUACAUUCAGAUAUUUAUUAGACCUUUCAAAUAUUCAAAUAUUCCCAGGAGAACAUAAUGAAUGUUCCUGCAUCUGACGCCCUAUAGCGUUUAAUUAACAUACUUGAAACCAAUGCAAGACAAUUGCGUGUGAAAAUAUAGUCCUUACCCAAGAAUGCCUCAAGGAAUUUUCACACACAGCAUUUUCUAGCUGUUAUUAAGUAUCUUCCCUUUGUAGCCGUGCACGGCGUCAAUUAGGCCAUAUGACACACGAAGUCAAUUUUUGCUGCAACUUGCUUGCAACACAAUUUCUGAUAUAGAGUCAUGUUAUCUCGAGAGUUGAACUUUAAACACCUAACAAUUCGAUAUGUGAAUACUUUGACAGAUCUUCAAAGUGGACUCAUUGAAUAUAGACAGAAUACACUCUUCCAGAUCAGUGGUUUGAACGCCUGAAAUGUUUUCCCAAUUUUUCCAGUAUUCCUACACAAUUUCUCUCUGUGUUGAAGUCUGUUUCUCUCUCUACUCCUGUUUCUCUCUAUUCCAACUGUAUAUUCCCUAACUACUUUCUUUAAAACAAUAUGCAACACAUUAUGUAUGGCUGAAUAAAUCUCCAUCGAGUAGCCAUCUUACAAAAACGAUGAGACAAAAUGUCAGUAUGGCGCAUCUUAUACCCAUUAGUAUAGAAAUUCCUUUAGGCCGGACCCUAUCUGACCUAUCAGGAAUAUAUUUCCUAUGUGCAUAUGAAUUUCCUGAGGAAAUUGAUUCUGAUGAUUUCUUAUCUCAUUUCUGUGGAAUGUACUGAUAUAUAGACACGAAUAUAUAGUCUCGGGUCAUGUACUCGACUGGAAUUCGAGUAUUCGACCAAGGCAAAACCCAACAGGAAGGUUUAACUCAAUAGAUUAUACAAUAUGUACUAUGUCAUUCUCUAUUGUAGUCAAUAGUGACAACACAAUAAUGAAACUUCCCUUGCUGCUUAUAAAUGUAUUUUCCUGCCAGAAUAAACAUCAACAACACACAGAUCUAUACAAUUGGCCCCCAUUAAUACACAGCUUGAGUCUUGCUCAAUAUUUUAAAUUGCCGCAAGAUAAAGAAUGCAAUAUUUUCCCUUUACCAACUGGUUUUUAGUUUAAAGUCAACAGUCGAAAAUUUGUUGUGUGUUUUUAAUCAUACUUAGAUCAAUAAAAACAUGGAAAAAAUAAGGGGAAACAUGUGCCUGGGCAAGUUAAAUAGCCUUUAAAAGACUUUAUAUAAUCGGUUCGUGCCAAGCCUUGCACGAGGCCUUGCAUGUAACAUGUGGUUUCUGUCUAUUCAUAUUGUGACCAGAUUGUUCAAUUAACUUAUUUAAUGCGUGCGUUGUUCCCAUAGAAAUUAAAGAGAUCUUGCCAGCCUUGUGAUCAAAUCAUCGCCAUGACUGCAGCAGUACGUUUGGAUAGCUCAAUAACUUUAACAACAGCGUUGAAGAGGCCAAUAUCUUCGCCAAAGUUAGCUGUGAGUUCUGAAACAUCACAGGUCUCCGAAGGAGACAAACCUAUGAACUCCAUUUACCCGGUACCACAUUGCGUGCUAUUGACAAGUGCUACAAACGCAAAUGGUUUGCUGGAAUCUGCGCUUGUUAGCGAGGAGGCGAUUGCUCUAUUGGUCAAAGAAUUAGGACUUGAAAAUCUACAAGAGUUGCCAGAAUUGCAUCUCGAGUUUUCAGACUGGCCUGUUGGAGUGUCGUUGGAGAGUCGGUGAAAUUUAAAAUUGGGAAGUCGUGUCGUGGGCGUAAUGGCGUCACUGUGAUACUGAACUCCUGAUAGUGAAUGGAAUUGAGUGAUUACGUUAUAGGUAUUCGAUUGUUGUGGCUUUCAGAAUUGUGGGUUGCAAAAGCUAGAUUAAUCUUCAAUAUGGUACUGAUGAAUGCAGACUCGCUGUGUGCGACCUUGUGUCAAGGAGGGGACCACGAGGUCAAGCUCUAUGUCGAGUGGUGAUUGAGUGAAGAGGACACGAGCUAAAACUAUACAAACAUAGUAAUGGAAACGCCAUGACAGACACUUUCAUGGUAAUAAAUUUGGGAACCAGUAAAAUAAUGUAAAUUCUUAUAGAAGUAGUCCUGUAUAUAAAAUCUGCACAAGAAUGCAAACUCUAACACUACACAGACAAUGUUAUUAAAUUUGCUAUAAAUUUGUUAUGGAGAGAGGAAUAUUUAUCAAACUAGUAAAAUAGUUGACAGCUUAAUAAAUUAUACACCUUCUAGGGGGCUGUUCAUAUGGGGCUGGGCUGGCGCGGUUAGCCGGUAUGAUUCGUGUAAUACAGUGUAAUAUAAACAUAAAACUUUGACAUUUCAAAGUUGAAUUAGUUUAGUUUGAUUCCAGCAACAGUAUAAAGUUCAUUCAGUCAGGAAAACAAAUUUGUGACACGAUUCACCUCGGUGUUAACUGGGCUGGCCCGGCUCAUACGAACAGCCCUUGUAAGGAAUAUUGUUGGACCUUUGCACUUUGUGUUUAUUUGGUUGUUCGUGCAUUCAAAGUGGCAGACGUUUGAGGAAAAUAAACUGUAGUGCAGUCAUAUGGUAAAUCAAAUUAGUUAUCAAUAUCAAAGUCCUUUCGAAAUUGGUGUGAUCAAAGCAGACAUUGAUACCUCUGAAUUUUCAGUCCACUUCCUCAGCUGGCUCCUCCAACAGAUCCAAAUCUUCUGUAUUCGUUGGUUGCAGUUUAGAUGGAAACAGGAACCAUGGAAAUAACAGCGGCGCUUUUGGAAGGUGGAGUGAACAAAGGUAUUGCCAGAGAUAUGGUGAUAUAAUUGUCGGCCGUUUGCUGUGACCUCGAAAAGUGCCUAGAAAACGGUUUUCAUAAGGAUGAUUUCCACUGUUGCGUUUUUCAUACGUACGUAUACGCACGUAAAACUUUAAAUCCGUUUAAAUGCUACUUAUGAAAUAAC